CUUGGGAAGACCCGCCCUCCGUGAGGCGGCCCGCCGUAGCGCCUCGCGGGGCGGGGGUCGGCGCCCGGGCGGACGGCGCCGGGGAGCGAGAGGCGGCGGCGGAGCGGCCAUGAAGGCGGGAGCUACUUCCAUGUGGGCUUCCUGCUGUGGAUUGCUGAAUGAAGUGAUGGGGACUGGAGCGGUCCGUGGCCAGCAGGCUGGCUUUGGAGGAGGCGCUGGCCCAUUCCGAUUCGCACCAAACACGGACUUCUCAGCAUACCCUUCCCCAGCUGCUGCAGGCACUAACAUAGUUUGCAAAGCCUGUGGGCUUUCCUUUUCGGUUUUUAGGAAAAAACACGUGUGCUGUGACUGCAAGAAAGAUUUUUGCUCGUUUUGCUCGGUUUCACAAGAGAACCUCAGGAGAUGUUCCACUUGCCACCUGCUGCAAGAAACAGCUUUUCAGCGCCCUCAGUUAAUGAGGUUGAAAGUGAAGGAUCUGCGCCAGUACCUGAUUCUCAGAAACAUACCCACAGAUACUUGCAGAGAGAAGGAAGACUUGGUGGAUCUGGUGCUGUGCCACCACGGCUUAGGUUCGGAGGAGGAGAUGGACGCUAGCAGCUUGCACUCGUCACGGUCACAGACUUCAGGGUUUUUUACUCAUCCAUUUUCUAUGUCUGUAUCGGUGUCAUCUCAAGGAGAACUUGCAGACAGAAGUGGAAGCACAGGAAAUGGAACACCUUUACGGGGGCAAACAGAAACGUCUUCUGUCAAUAAUGAAGAAGAAGAAAGUCCAGAAGAGCAGACCCCUGGACUGUCCAGAAAGCGAGCAAGGGCGUCUCUCUCUGAUAUUUCAAGUCUGGAAGACAUUGAAGGGUUGAGUGUUCGGCAGCUGAAGGAAAUACUUGCCUGUAACUUUGUCAACUACUCAGGAUGCUGUGAAAAAUGGGAACUCGUGGAGAAAGUGAGCAGGCUAUACAGAGAGAGUGAGGAAAACCACAAAACACAGGGCGAGAAGAUGCAGCUGACGGAUGACGACGACAACCUGUGUCGGAUCUGCAUGGACGCCGUCAUCGACUGUGUCCUGCUGGAGUGUGGCCACAUGGUGACGUGCACCAAGUGUGGCAAGAGGAUGAGCGAGUGCCCCAUCUGCCGACAGUACGUUGUCCGGGCCGUGCACGUCUUCAAGUCUUAACCCCAAAGCCCAACGGUGCAGUCACCCAUCCAGGAUUCCUGGGGGCAGGAAUGCUGAACCUUGGGGUGCGCUUCAGCUUUUCAAUAAACACCAUUCUGAAGAUUAAGA